AUGGAGUAUAGUUUCGAUGCUGCAGGACUUGGAAGGCGGCCUUUGGAGAUCGAUCGAACUGGCGUACCGAAGCAGAUUAUUGUUGGAAGUUUCUUUGGAGGGUUGAGUCACGUCAAGCCGAUGUUAGAGAUCGGUAAAGUACUGGCAGAGCGUGGAUAUAAUGUAACAUUGGUGGCUCCCGGAAAAAUCCUACCAUCGGAGGAUUAUCCUCUGAUCAGCCAAAUAUCUACUGGUCCUGCCAUCAAUCACAAAGAGGAGCCAACCUAUCAAGAAAUCUUCCAUAAUAAAGUUGACUACAAACAAAUCUUCAAUCUUCGGAGAUUUUUCGCAAAAAAUUAUUUAUCGUAUUUCAAUGCCUAUAAACAUGCCACCGAAACCUUGAAGCCGGAUUUAUUCAUCUGCGAUGUGUUGAUGAAUGAUGUCUGCUUGGAUAUCGCUCGGUUAAAUAAUAGACCGAUGGUUGGAUUUGGAGAAGGGUUGUUGGCAUCCCCAUCUACUUUCUACAGAUCCGAAGUUUGGUAUGACUGUCAUGUGAGCAUGGAGAACGAAUCGUUCUUGAACAGGUUCAGAUGUGCCAUAAUCGAGCCAAUGCGGUUUGCGUUCGGGAUGCGGUCGGUGGAUGAAGAAUUGAAUGAGAUUCGUGUUCAAGUUGGUGUGAACACUGCCAUCAAUCCUUACGAGAUAGUCAGGAACUCGUUGUUCUUGGCCGACACUUUCUUUGGAUUCGAGGUACCCCAUCCGGUGUCUCCCAUGGUUCAGGAAAUAGGGCCGGUGAUGCAAGACGAAUAUCCGAUUCUCACGCCAAAUCUUUUAUCCUUUGUUUCCGAUCACAAAAAAAUUCUUUACGUCUCCUUCAGCAAUGAGGUUUACACCACCUUGGAAAACAACAUCAUCCUUUUGCAGUCAUGCGCGGAAGCCAUUCAACAGAAAAUCAUUGAUGGCGUAAUUUGGUCUUUCAUUAAUCCAUCAUUUGAUGAAAUUCUCCUCAAGACCAUAUCUUUAUCGGAUGGCGCCUCGUUCACCAUUGCCGAGAUCCUAUCCAACCAACAUCCGCACAUUCUUGUCUCCAGAUUCACAUCGCAGUUCUCGGUACUCAAUCACACAAAUGUUAAGAUAUUCUUGAGUUCCGGUGGAUACACAAAUUCAUACGAAGCAUUGUAUACUGGAACACCGAUGCUGGUCAUGCCGAUUGAGCUUGGCGAUUUAAAUAAUGCCGAGAGGUUGGAAAGAUUGGGUGUGGGGUUAACGAUCGACAAAACAGAAUUACACGUAAAAGACAUUUUAAGUAAGAUCAAGCUGUUAUUGACAGAUCAGAGUGUACAGAAUAAUCUAAAGAAGAUAAAGGUGUUGACAGUGAUCAAUAGCAAAAGGAAGUACAGGGCGGCAGACUUAAUUGAGUUUGUAAUGCACGCAUUGACGUUAAAUCCCAAAGAAGCUUUGGAUGGUGAUGGAGGCGAAGGCGAAGGUGGGGGAAACUACGAGGGACUGCUGAAGGAAUGGAUCAGUCCUGAAAGGAGGAUGGGAUUUUUCAAAGGGAAAUAUCUUGAUAUCUAUUUAACCUGCUUGUGCAUAAUAAUAACUAUGGCUUUGAUUAUGAUGGGGAUAGUAUUGGGAUGUUGUUGCUAG